AGGGAACUCUGAAAAUACGCGCAAACGUCCCUCUUAGAGAUUCAGUUGCAUGUCGUUGCGAUAGGAUCAUGGUUCUUAAACAGUGUCUACUUUCAACAAUAGUCAUAACAAUUUUCUUCGUGUCAAAACGUUUUAAUGGACAUAUGUAAACAACUAGAAAGCCUAUCGUACAAAUUGUUUUCCUAAUGUCACUUAAAAGGCCAUUCAAAAAACUGAUAAUGACCAUUAUAAUGAUUAACGAAUCAAUUAGUGUAACGCCGGUUUUUACCUGGAAUCCCGAUAUUCAUCGUUACGAGAGCUAUGAUCUUGAAAAAGGCCCGGUAUUCUAUGAAGCUUAUUACCCAGACACCAAUGAGGAACCACACAGCAGCUAUCAAGAGAAACGUUACUUUGAUCGAGGAGCAGUCCUAGAAAAGAGUUAUCAAAUACCUUCUGAACGUCUCACAUACCCAGAAAACAAUAUUCAAUUGGACAAUUAUCAAAACAGUGCAACAAAUGCUAUCCUUCAAAAUGAUGAUCGUUUCUCUCUUGAAUCGAAUACACGAUCUUUGGAUAUACAGGAAAUUUCGAAAAUAGCUAGAAGAGCAAUUUCCCGUGAUUUGGAAAAUUGGAACACGCUUGAGAAUUUUUUAGAUCGCGUCAAAGAUCAGGAUUCUUUUUUUCAUCGUCGAAUCAUUGUUCCUGAACCGGGAUACAGAAUUGAACAACAAAUUCGUCGAAUCGAUCCUUUAUCGAAUUCUUUGAAACAACAACGAGGUCUAAGAAGAGAUCUGUAUGAGGAAAUUCAAGAAGAACCUUUAGCUUUGCCCAGUCGUAUUCAAUUGGAUGAAAGAGAUUCGAUUAGAAGAUUAACAACGCGUGAUCUUGCGAACAGAGAUACUUUAAAACCGAUCAGUUCGAUUCAAUAUAACGAUAAUAAAGCAUCACGAGAACAAGAAGUGAUACAAGCAAUAAGAACGAGUCAAUUAAAUACACCGUUGUUAAAAGAUGCGAAUCCAUCAGAUUCAAAAUCAAUUAUAGAUUCUUAUCCAAAAGAAAAUAUUUUUGCACCGCGACCUCAGGUUAUCAAUUAUAUUUUUUCGAGAAAACCAGAACUUAUUACGCAAAAUAAAGCUCAAAAUUUAUCUCAAACAAAGAAUAUUAGUGAAUUUAUACCUAGAAAUUAUGGAGAUAAUUUGAUUCAAAAUGAGGUGAAGAAAACAGCGGAGAAUAAGGAUGUUAAAGUGACAUCCAUCGAAAUUAGCGAAGUACCUAAACAUAAGACUCGUCAUCAUCAUGGGGAAUGGCCAAAACGCGAUUAUUCUCGUCAUCAUCAAUCUUAAAAAAAUAAUUCUUAUUUCAAAAAAAAAUAUAAUUAUGUUUAAUCAUCUAUUUCAAAUUAAUAAUAUAAAAGAAACAUUUUAAUAAUAUAAAAGAAAUAUUUUCAAUAUCGUUUAAUU